AUCUUCCUUCGCGAAAGGCCAGCCGGCCUCUGCGCCUCCUCGGUUCAGCCCAGGAACUGAAGGGUUCCCCGCGACCUCCCGACCCAGUUCAGCCCCCAGGGCUGAUCCUGGCCCAUGUUCUUUGUAGCAUUCGGUAGCAGCGUCUCAACUUCCAGUUAGGGGGAGUAAUAAAGAGGGCGUCCCUAGGAAACAGAUGUGUUGGACAACAGGACCUGGAUAAAGGGCGUUUCCCUCUUAGGCUGAAGACACUUGACUCCUUGCCUACAUCUGGCUUGGCAGAGAGGGGCAUACAUACUGUGAAGGUGCUGAGGAGACAUACAUUGGACUUGAAGGCCAUGGCUCUUCAGGACAAUAAGAAUCUUAUUUCCAAAGCAAUUAACGAAUUUAAUGUUCUGCUGGAACAGCAGGUCUUCCCUGAUCCUCCUAUCCCAGAAGAAGCCAUGGUGACCAUAGUGGAGGACUGGGUGAACUUUUACAUCAACUACUACAGGCAGCAGGUGAUGGGGGAGCAGCAAGAGCAGGACAUGACUCUGCAGGAACUUCGACAACAGCUGAAAAUUCUGUCUGCCCCCUUCUUGGCCAAAUAUAAGGCCUUCCUGAAAACCCUGUGAGCACCUGCAUCUCCUACCGCCUUUCUCCUCGCCCAGAAAACCUGCGUCUCUAAGAAACCCUUCCAUCGGCCCCCGUGAGAAACCCUUCCAUCGGCCCCCGGUCCUCAGGCUCUGCUCUUGGUGGUGUUACUCUACCUUGCCACCUCAAUAAAGACCAAUAAUGGUUCUCCAGGCUCUUGGUUUCUUCUUCA